CAGGAAUGGAGCCAGCGUCCCGCCAGCCCACGCCGAGAAGCAGCCAUGGCCAGCCACGAUGGCUCAGGCCCGCACGCCGCCAAAUUCUACGUGCCGCGGCUGCUCUCGACUAGCGGCGAGCCCUCAUCCUCGCACGUCCUCAGCGAGUGCGCCAUCCGGCAGCUCGCGCCACAGGUGCCUCGCCGGUACGCGCUCUCUGACUGGAGACUGCUCUACUCGACGCACGUGCACGGCAUCUCAAUCAACACUCUCUACCUCCGCGCCUCGGGUUGCGGCGGAUGCCUCCUCGCGCUGAGGUCCUCCGACGGAGCCACCUUUGGAGGCUUCAUCUCCGAGUGCCAGCCGCCGAGUGCACCGGGACCGGACGGGCGCCACUUUUACGGCAACGGCGAGUCCUUCCUCUGGCGGGUCGAGCCGCUCACAGACCUGCCUCCGCUGCCGCGCCCCUCCAUGGGAGAACCGCCCACCUGCCUGCUCGAGACGUUUGGCUGGACGGGCGCCAACACGUACUUUGCCCUCUCUCACCGAGAGCACCUCGCCCUCGGGUCCGGAGGGCACUUUGGCCUGUGGAUCGACGCCGACCUGAGGGGCAACCCCUCCCUCUGCGCGCCGCCGCCCGAGCUGUACCACCACUCGGAGAGGAACACCGGCUCGUCUGUCUCGGAGGUGCCGGCCGGCGGAGGCGACGGGGGCGGCGGAGGCGGCUGUCGCGGGGGCGGCGGCGGCGCGGGGGGCGGCGGCGGCGCGGAGGCGGCGGCGCUCAGCAGAAGUCGGAGAGAGUCGUCUUCGAGCGGCGAGUUUGUGUGCGACGUGCUCGAGGUGUGGGGCGUGGACGGGCACGCCAUCAAGCGGAGAAACGCGGAGUUGCUCCGGAGGGGCGUCGCGCCGUGACGCUCGCAGGGGAGCAAGUUUUGAGGGAUCGUCGUGGAUAUGUGUGUGUGCCGGCACAGCGAUCUCUGAUCGAGACUGUGAGUGAAGUUUACUCUACCCGAAGGAUCACAGGCUGCGCGUCUCCUUCGUCUUCACACUCCCACCGCCCUCGAGGAGGGAGUUUCUUUUACGUUUUGG